GGGGGGUUCUCUGACAAGGGCAUACGUUGUUGGGAGAAGAUGCCACCGCUCCAAAAAAAAAAAAAAAAAAAAAAAAAAAGGAAGAUGCCACCGACGUUGUGCGAGAGCCCUCAUAUUUGGGAGACGACUCCCGCCUCUCCUUUCCCUCUGUUUGUCGCAGAGAAUCAGCGCUCACUUGAUAGCCCGCACAUCACGGGCCGCCUAAUAUCCUACUCCGAAGUGUGAGGGCUUCCACCAAAGAGAGAGAGAGAGAGAGAGAGAGGCGCGUGUCUUGCCCACAUGCCAUGAUGGAAGCGAGGUCCGUGGUGAGGUGGGUAACGUGGUGGGUAACAUUUUUUGUCGUUUUCAGUCUGUAAGCGUGGCAGUGCGCAGUCGCGCGCGCGGGGUAGGCGGGGGGAGUAGGGUCGUCGGCACCGCAAAUAGCGCGACUGUCGUCGCAAAGAGGUCUGCCGGGAGACUGCUAUGGCGGACGUCGAGCGGCGUGGGUGUCGUGAUAAUGCUGAUGGGACCCAACGCCGCGACGCCAUCUCCGCGGCACCGCCGACAUGCGCACCGCCCGAGACGAUGACGGGACAGUGGGGGACGAAUAGGGGAGAACGAGCAGGGGGAGGGGAAAAGAGGGAAGCGGGGAUAUCCGAGAGUACGCAGGGGAAAGACGUGCAUACUAAGAUCUGUCACCGCGAGACGUGCUGGGAUAACUUUUGCUCCUCCCUGUCGAAGAAAUGGCUGCGUUCUUGUCUUCAAAUUGUGGCGUUGGUGUUAGCCUUGGCAGUUAUACUCUACCUCCUAGCCGUUGGGCACGGUGUUAUUUCCUUAGUCUGGAGCUCACCGGGAGCAAGGAGGGAUCAUCCAUGGUUGUGUUGGAUGUGCAAACGUGCUGUCUCUGCAGCAGAGCAUAUGGCAAGUUGCGGAGGAGGUGAGGCGACUCCACCUCUCACUCCCCAAGAUUCGGUCGCCUUGCUAGCGGCCUCCUACACAUCUGGGGAGGAUGCGCAUGUCGCAAGUCCUCGGUAUAAUUACGAGGAUUAUGCUGUCCACUUGGUUCCACCGCUGGACCAACCGCUCCACGUGCAACGAUCUACCGCAUGCACGGUUUCAUCACCAUCGGCAAUCGAUUCGGCAGCUUCGCUGCUAUCUAUCGCCAGGGAUUCAUCGUCGUGGUCAAGACUUGAGGUGCUCGACCCACUGACGUUCACGGACUUCCAGUGGAUGCCCGUUCCCCCGACCGGACGAUUGCCGAAACCGCAUUGCAAUGUGCUCAUGGCACAACUGCUAGAUUACUUGCACACUGCAGUACCCACUCCGUUGAUGGACGCCGAAGUAGAGGUUGUCGACCUUCACGCCUACAUUGCGAAGAUCGACCGCGAGUUCAAGGUGCAACGGUACGAUGACAUCAACGCACCAUUGCUAUACGUACGCAUUCAGAUCGGAGAGGCGACCUGCAGCGCCUUGAUCGAUUGCGGAGCUACUCGCAACUACAUCAGCCAGGGCUUCAUGGUCCGCGCCGGCCUUGGCCCACGCGUCCGGAGGAAGUCCCAGCCUACGCAAGUCACUUUGGCGGACGGUCGCACGCACAAGUCAAUCGACCGGUGCAUCGACGACGUCCCAGUGUACUUUGCCCCUCACGCAAGUGAGGCGGUGUCCUUCGACAUUCUGGACAUCAACUUCAACAUGAUCUUGGGCAUGUCAUGGCUGCGAAGCGAGGAUCACCCGGUGAACUUCUUCCACCGCACCGUUCACAUUCGUGAUCGGAAUGGAGUAUUAGUUCCAUGCACGGUACCUCUUCCUCAUCCUUCGAUCAGCUGCCACGUGGUAUCUGCCGCAAGCAUGCGAGCAUCCAUCAUCAGAGACGACAUCGAGGAGAUGGGGGUGUGUUUUCUCCACGCCCUCCCGCCCCGAGACGCUUCAUCGACGGACUCAUCUUCGGAUCCACGCAUCACCGAACUUCUCGACGCCUACAGCGACGUGUUCGAAGGCCCGAAUGGAGUAGUACCGGAUCGACCCAUCCGCCACGAGAUCAUCCUCGAGGACGAGGCCGUGCCUCUGCGCGGUUGCAUCUACCGAAUGAGCGAGGAAGAGUUAAGUGUGCUCCGUGCACAACUCGACGAUCUUCUAGAGAAAGGCUGGAUUCGGCCUAGCUCAUCGCCAUACGGUGCUCCUGUUCUCUUCGUCCGGAAGAAGAACAAGGACCUGCGGUUGCGCAUCGAUUAUCGCAAGCUCAACGCGCAGACGAUCAGGAACGCCGGCCCUCUGCCACGCAUCGACGAUCUUCUCGAGCGACUGGGCGGCGCCAAGUUCUUCUCCAAGCUCGAUCUCAAGUCGGGAUAUCACCAACUCGAGAUUCGCAAGGAGGAUCGCUACAAGACCGCGUUAUGGGCAUUUCGAAUGGCUGGUCAUGCCAUUUGGCCUUACGAAUGCCCCAGCCACUUUCCAAGCGGCUAUGACAACGGAGUUCCGACACAUGCUCGAUCGUUACGUACUUAUCUACCUCGACGACAUCCUGGUAUACACCGGAGUUUGGAGGAGCAUGUGGAACACCUGCGCACCGUUUUGGAGCGGCUACGUCAAGCCAAGUACAAAGCCAACCGCGACAAGUGCGAAUUCGCGCGGCAGGAGCUGGAGUACUUGGGACACUAUGUGACACCGCAAGGCAUCCGUCCGCUUGUAGACAAGAUCGAGGCCCUACGAGUAUGGCCCGAGCCCACCAACACCACGGACGUUCGUUCAUUCAUGGGGUUGACGGGCUACUAUCAGCGAUUCAUCACCGGAUACUCGAGGAUUGCUGGACCUAUGACGAGGUUACAGUCGCCAAAGGUGCCAUUCGUAUUCGAUGACGACGCGCGCCGGUCAUUCCAAGCACUUAAGACGGCUAUGCUUAUGGCACCCGUCCUUAGCAUCUAUGACCCCACCCUGCCAACGAGAGUGACUACGGACGCUUCCGGCUACGGCAUUGGGGCAGUCUUGGAACAGCACGACGGCGACAACUGGCACCCUGUGGAGUAUUUCAGCCACAAAGUGCCUCGCAUCAACUCGCUUGAUGAUGCAAGGAAGAAGGAGCUACUCGCGUUCGUCAUGGCUCUCAAGCGAUGGCGGCACUUCCUCCUUGGGUGUCGUAGGUUCACAUGGAUUACGGACAACAAUCCAUUGACCUACUACAAGACGCAGGAUACGGUGAGCAGCACGAUCGGACGAUGGAUGUACUUCAUCAACCAAUUUGACUUCACACCGAAACAUCUACCCGGCCUCUCAAAUCGCGCAACAGAUGCACUCUCGCGAAUACCCGAUCUUUGCGCUAUGACACAUCAUGCCUUCGCAUUCGACGAGGAGCUUCAGCGACACUUCAUCCGGGCAUAUGAGUCUGAUCCGGACUUCGCCAYGYUGUACGCACARCUAUCUUCGGAUCACCCGCYGGCCARCCACCAUCGCAUCGCCGACGGAUACUUGCUCCUCCACUCGAGAGGCAAGGACUUAUUGUGUGUCCCACGCGAUCGUCGUCUUCGGACUCGCCUCCUCGGCGAGUAUCAUGAUUCACGACUCGCCGACCAUUUCGGAGUCAACCGCACUAUUGCAAGGCUUCGACAGCGAUUCCGAUGGCCCGACCUCAUUACCGAUGUCACUCGGUAUUGCGACUCGUGCAAAGUUUGCCGACGCAGCAAACCCCGCAACCGCAAUCCCUAUGGCGAGCUACACCCGAUGCCUAUCCCACGGGAACCCGGUCUCUCCAUUGCCAUGGACGUCACCGGUCCGUUUCCUCGCGACCAGCUCGGGCAUGACGGCAUCCUCACGGUUGUGGACCGAUUGAGUAAGUACGCGCGUUUUCUCCCUUGCAAGUACUACUCCACGGCUCCCAAGCUGGCACGCCUCCUGCACACUGGUUGGAUUUGUGGCCACGGUGUACCAGAAGACAUUGUCAGCGACCGCGACACUCGUUUCAUGUCGGCGUUUUGGACUGCUCUCAUGCAGGAGUCCGGCACAACAAUGAAACCAAGUCCGGCUCGGCAUCCUCAGACAGACGGGCAGACGGAGCGGGCACAUCAAACCGCUCAAAUGAUGCUUCGUACGCUCAUCCGUCCAGACCAGAAAGAUUGGGUUGACCGCCUCCCCGACAUCGAGUUCGCCUACAACACUUCGGUGCACCCGGCGAUCGGCGUGACUCCAUUCGAGUUGCACCACGGUGGACGGAAAGGCCGUAUCUUCGCCGACCUUCUCCUCCCUCGACCAGCCGACAUUGACGCUGCCUGCUCUCCCGCUUCCGUCCGGAAGUACAGAGAAUUGCUGACUCAAGCCCGCGCAAACAUGCAAAAGGCUCAAGUCCGCAUGCAGCAGCAAGCCAACAGGCGUCGCGUACCAUGUCCCAUCCGCGCCGGUGAUCUGGUUUGGGUCUCCGCGGAAGAGUUUGCACUGGAACAGGACGUUUCACGCAAACUGCUUCCCAAGUGGUUUGGACCUUGGUCUGUGACAGCAGCCGCGGGCGAUGAGCCCGAUGGCCCUUCAUUUGCGAUCAACAUUCCAGAGCAUCUGACGGUCCAUCCAGAGGCGUGGGAGAAGGAGCGGGGAAGGAGCGGGAGCGGGGCUAUGGCGCGGGAAGAGGAGCAGGAGGAGGGGGAGGAGGAACGGGGGGAAAGGCAGGAGAAGCAGCGGAAGGAGGACGAGCAGCAGGAGGAGCGUGAGGAGCAGCAACAGAGGAAGCGGGAGAAGGAGAGGGAGGAGGAGCGGGAGAAGGAGCGGGAGUGGGGCUAUGGCGGGAUCUUUGUCAUGUUGUUUGGUGGAGGAGCGGGAGGAGGAGGAGGAGCGGGAGGAGGAGCGGGAGCAGGAGUGGGAGGAGGGGGAGAAGGAGGGGGAGGGGAUUGGGGAUGGGGUUGCAUCUCACAGCCCCUUGCUCCAUACUCUCCUUCUCAUUUUGCACAUUCCAAGGCUGCUCAGUUCGAGCUCGGGAGGGGGAGCGGGAGGGGAAACGGGGAGGGGGUUAACGAACACACGGGAGCCGGAGGAGGGGGAGGAGAUAUAGGUGGAGGAGGAGAAGCGGGAGGAGCACGAGGAAGAGUGGGAGAAGGAGCGGCAGGAGGAACGGGGGGAAGAGCAGGGAAGCAGCGGGAGAAGGAGAAGCAGCAGGGGGGAGAGCCGGAGAAGGAGGAGGAGGAGGAGGAGAGGGAGGAGCAGCAGGAGAACGAGCAGGAGCGGGGCUAUGGCGGGAUCUUUGUCACGUUGUUUGGCGGAGGAGGAGUGGGAGGGGGAGGAGGAGGCCAACCUGAUGUUUGCGAGGGGAUUGUGCAGGAGUACGGUACCAUGUUCCUUGCAAUGGUCGCAAAUCGGCUCAUCCCAGCUGUGGAAGUAUGUUCAGCUCUGCGGUACUGUCCAGAAAGUGGGAACAGACCUAGUCCAUGCAAUUCUGUUGCAUUUUGGGAAAAGCGAUCUCUGUUCCUACAGAACAACUCUUAUCACAUUGCGCCAAACGAAAAGUGGAGCGAGCGCAUGCACACUAAAGGAGCUGAAGAUUCCCGAGAACUUCACCAUGACUGGUUAAUGGAGGCAGCACAAUUCAUGGGCGAAGAUAUUGACGGCAGAACUCGCUCAACAUCCGUUGACAUGAACUCUGAGGAGCUUGAGAAAGAGUCUUGGCAGUUGAUAUUGCCAGAAACUUCAGACGGACGCGAUGAAAUUGGUGGAAGGGGGGGUGUAGGUUCCUCCAGCAAAAGGAUUCUGAAUGAGCAGGCUUAUCGUGCUGCGGAUGUGGAUAUUGGGCACUUCCUCCAGAUAUCUGAUAUACACUUGGACACACAUUACAGCAUUGGGGCAGAGGUGAUGUGCGGGAAGCCCCUCUGUUGUCAGGAGGAGAACGGCCCAGGAAAGACUGCUUCACGCAGAGCGAAGAGGUUUGGUGAUUAUCACUGCGACUCGCCGAUGGCUCUGCUUGAUGCACUACUCAAAUAUGUUACAAUACCAGGAAACCUGCCUCCUUUGGACUUCAUUGUCUUCACAGGGGAUACACCACCACACUCAGUUUGGAAAGACUCGAGAGAAUCGACAGAGGAAGUGAUGAAAGUGGCCUAUGGUAUGCUGGCAUCUGCCUUCAAGAACAGUACACCGUUGUAUCCGGUGCUGGGCAAUCAUGCAUCUGUGCCAACUGAUGUGUUUCCACUUCCACCAAGCAAUAAAUGGCUGAUGGACCUGACUUGGGAGCUGUGGAAAGAAUGGCUGCCAGCGGAAUGUGAGAGCUCGGUUCGGAAGGCUGGUUACUACACUCUUCUGCAUAAUCCUAGCCUUCGCAUUGUCGGCCUAAACACACAGUACUGCGAUAUUCUGAACUUCUGGUUGUUGUCACACACAAAGGAACCUGAUCCAGCAGAUCAGUUUGCAUGGCUCUUUGACGUCCUUCAGUCUGCGGAAGAGCAGGGCGAGGCUGUAAUCAUUCUGGUGAGCAUAGCACAGCCAUUUCCUGCUGGGUUUGCUGAGCUUUUCUUUUCUUCCUGACGCCAGACUGGCUUGCUGAUUGCAUCCCUCUUAAACCGCUAGUACACAGCCCCAGCCUUGCAGAAAAGAAACUCAUCGCGUACUCCAAAAAGUUUGGGGCCUGUGCGCCAUUGAUAAAUUUCAUCAAUAGCCAGUGUCGCAUUUCGGGCCUCCGAAACUCGAAAGUGAGGGGCCCACGGCUGAUGUAAUGGCCAUGUACUGGUGGUUUGAUGGAUGGUGAUUGGACCAAAUGGCGUGGUACAGGGGGGGCUGAGAAGCGGUUAACAGAGCCCUAAGUUUUCAGGGUUUUUUCAGCGUUAUUAUAACAAAUGCCCCACACCUUC